UUUAUUUCUGCGUCGAAUUUUGUUGCGUGUCAGCUCGACAGAUAUUGCUACCUAAGCCCAGUGACUGAGGUUUUGCCGCAAUAUCUUCAACUGAUAGCUAUUACCGUUGUAUUGUUUGUUGUUUCUUUGAAGCUUAGAUUGUAAAGGUGUCGAAAUCAUUUCAUUGCAUCAGUUGUCUUUGAGCAUUUGAACUGGAAAGAGCUUGAUUCGUAGACAGGAGAGAACGUCGAAAUCAUGUGCAAAACGGAAAGAUUUCUUGAAAAUGAAUCGCCGGAGCGCACACGUCUUUCAUAUGAUGACAAACCGCUAACGAUGAAGGAGUUAGAUGUGGCUAAAAUUUACAACUUUGACUUCAAAUACGGCCAAAAGUCCGCUGGGGAAUUCAACGACGAUCUUGCAGCCAUCGAUCUAAGCAUGAAGUACAGUCCUAAGGUAAACUGCCAUCGAAAGAUUAAGCGGAGAAAGUACCCUAAGUUCAGGUUUGCUCCUAGUCUGGGGGACAUUAAGGAGAACGAACUGUUUGACUCACAACUGGAACAUUUAAGGAGCGUCAAGAAAGAUUUAGCCGCCAUUCACGAAGAACGAGCUCUGAAUUGUGGGAUACCUGUAGUGAAGGAUGAAGGUCGGCAUCACCGCCACAAACGACACUCUAGAAGUUCCCAUGGAAGAGCUUAAUUGGAGGAAAAGAUGAACGUGUCUUUUUUGUCAUGAAUUAACGGCGAAAGUACUUGUGAGUCUUGUGACUGAAAUGUAGCUCGACAGGACCACAAUUCGGUUGAUAACCUUGUAUAAAAAAACAAUUAAUCAAUAUAUAGAUUAAUACGAGCUCAUUACUCCGGCCCAAAUAUGGUAUCAUUAUUUAGCUUGUUUACUUUGAUACUCUGUCGCUGUUUUGUAAAUAACGAGGUACAAAUCAUUUAUCUUUUACUAUUUUUGUCUAUAGAAGCUGCAAAAUGUAUGUUUUUUUGUAACUUUGGAUAUAAAUAAACUAAGGUUGAUUUUAUG